CGGUGGCGGCGCUGCUGGAGAGGGGGGAGCUUCUGGAAGCCGACUGCAGGAUGUACCCCCAAGGCCGGCACCCGACCCCGCUGCAGUCGGGCCAGCCCUUCAAGUUCUCCGUCUUGGAGAUCUGCGACCGCAUCAAAGAGGAAUUCCAGUUCUUGCAGGCCCAGUACCACAGUCUCAAACUGGAAUGUGAGAAGCUGGCGAGCGAGAAGACGGAGAUGCAGAGACAUUACGUGAUGUACUAUGAGAUGUCCUACGGGCUCAACAUUGAGAUGCACAAACAGGCUGAAAUUGUGAAGCGCCUGAGUGGGAUUUGCGCCCAGAUCAUCCCCUUUCUGACGCAGGAGCACCAGCAGCAGGUGCUGCAGGCCGUGGAGCGCGCCAAGCAGGUGACUGUAGGGGAACUAAACAGCCUCAUCGGGCAGCAACAGCUCCAGCCGCUGUCCCACCACGCCCCCACCGUACCCCUCACCCCACGCCCGGCCGGGCUACUCACGCUGUCCGGAGCUCUGGCCGCCCAGGCCCAGCUGGUGGCUGCCAAGGAGGAGCGUGCAGGCGCGGAGGCCCAGGCAGCCAGAGCUCUGUCCCUGCCUGCACAGCCUCCGUCUCCACGGAGUGCGUCACCCUCACCUCCGGAGAGCCUGGUGGAGGAGGAACGGCCGGGUGGGCCGGGCGGUGGCGGCAGCAGCAGCGGCAGCGGCAAGCCGAGGGCGGACGACAAGGAGGUGUCGGGACCUUAUGAGAGUGAGGAGGACAAAAGUGAUUACAACCUGGUGGUGGACGAGGACCAGCCCUCGGAGCCCCCCAGCCCGGCGACCACCCCCUGUGGCAAGGCACCCCUUUGCGUGCCCGCCCGCCGGGACCUAGUGGACAGCCCAGCCUCCCUGGCCUCCAGCCUCGGCUCUCCGCUCCCCAGAGCUAAGGAGCUUGUCCUGAAUGAUCUGCCCACCAGUACGCCUGCCUCCAAGUCCUGUGACUCUUCCCCGCCCCAGGAUGCACCCACGCCCGGGCCCAGCUCGGCCGCUCACCUGUGCCAGCUGGCCACCAAGCCCACACCAUCCACCGACAGCCUCGCCCUGCGGAGUCCCCUGACGGUGCCUAGCUCCUUCACUGCAUCCUUCAGCCUCGGCUCCCACGGGGACCUCUCGGUGCCUGGUGCCUACGUCAGCCUCCACCUGUCCCCGCAGGUCAGCAGCUCCGUGCUGUAUGGACGCUCCCCCAUGAUGGCCUUUGAAUCCCACCCACAUCUCCGCGGCUCAUCCAUCUCCCCUCUGCCCAGCAGCGUCCCUGGGGGGAAGCCGGCCUACUCCUUCCAUGUGUCCGCCGAUGGGCAGGUGCAGCCCGUGCCCUUUCCAUCUGACGCGCUCGUGGGAGCCGGCAUCCCGCGGCAUGCCCGGCAGGUACACACGCUGGCCCACGGAGAGGUGGUUUGCGCCGUCACCAUCAGCGGCUCCACGCAGCACGUCUACACGGGGGGCAAGGGCUGUGUCAAGGUCUGGGACGUGGGCCAGCCUGGCACCAAGACACCCGUGGCCCAGCUCGACUGCCUGAACAGAGACAACUACAUCCGCUCCUGCAAGCUGCUACCUGAUGGCCGGAGCCUGAUUGUGGGUGGUGAGGCCAGCACCCUGUCCAUCUGGGACCUGGCAGCUCCCACGCCCCGCAUCAAGGCAGAACUGACCUCCUCGGCCCCUGCUUGCUACGCCCUGGCUGUCAGCCCCGACGCCAAGGUCUGCUUCUCCUGCUGCAGCGACGGUAACAUCGUGGUCUGGGACCUGCAGAACCAGACCAUGGUCAGGCAGUUCCAGGGCCACACGGAUGGUGCCAGUUGCAUAGACAUUUCCGACUAUGGCACCCGGCUGUGGACGGGAGGCCUGGACAACACGGUGCGCUGCUGGGACCUGCGGGAGGGCCGCCAGCUGCAGCAGCAUGACUUCACCUCACAGAUUUUCUCGCUGGGGCACUGCCCCAACCAGGACUGGCUGGCCGUGGGCAUGGAGAGCAGUAAUGUGGAGAUCCUGCAUGUGCGGAAGCCGGAGAAGUACCAGCUGCACCUGCACGAGAGCUGCGUGCUGUCACUCAAGUUCGCGUCCUGCGGUCGCUGGUUCGUGAGCACUGGGAAGGACAACCUGCUAAACGCAUGGCGGACACCGUACGGGGCCAGCAUCUUCCAGUCCAAGGAGUCCUCCUCCGUCCUCAGCUGCGACAUCUCCAGAAACAAUAGGUACAUCGUCACCGGCUCGGGGGACAAGAAGGCCACGGUGUACGAAGUCGUGUACUGAGGACCGUCCCCACCAGGCGCCCCCGGCCACAGCCCUGCCCUCCGGGGCGCUCCCCGGCCACA